GGAUCUCUUCCUGAAACGAACGAAUUCUUCCUCUCUCUCUCUCUCUCCGUCCUUGCCUCCCCCAUCGUCUUCUCGCUUUACGGGAAAAGGGUGGGAGCGAGGACGAGCAGGGGUGUCGGAGAGGCAGCUAAAAAUUUAGGGUUUCAGUGACGAGCGAUGGUGCCGGCUGGAGGCGUUGGAGGACGGGGGACGCGAGCGGAGAAGGUGCGGCGGAUCUUUGAGCGGUUCGAUGUUAAUGGCGAUGGGGGGUUGAAUCGCGAGGAGAUGGCGGCGCUGGUGGUCUCCGUUAAUCCCCGCGUAAAGUUCAGCGAUGACCAGAUCUCUGCCAUCCUUGACGAGGUCUUCCGCACCUACGCCGACUUCAUCGCCGCGCCUGACGUCGGCCUCACCCUCCCCGGCCUCAUCCGAACUUAUGAUGAUGGUGCCGGAGAUGUUGAUCGUGACUUCGACGCCCUCGGACUGAGCUUAUCGGCGGACGCGGGAGGUGAAGAAAGCGACUCCAUCGGCGCCGCCUCCGACGUCGUUGUGGCUUCGGCGUCCUCCACUGCCCCCACGGCUUCUGGCGUCCUCUUCGAUGAUGGUCUCCUCGCUUCUGCUUCCGCUCCCAAGCCCCCGCCCCCUCGCGCUGCCGCGCCUCCGUGGGCAGCCUCGUCCAACCAUGGCAUCUUGUUUGAUUCCUCGUGGAGCCUCCUCGAUGACCUCGAGAUCCUUGUCAAACGUCUCCGCUCUAAGCAGCUCCAGAGGGCCGCCACUGGGGGCGCCAGCAGCAAUGACAACAACAAUAGCCACUUUGACUCCUUCUCCGAGGCUGGGUGGUCGCGGGAGAUCAGCGGGCCUUCGGAUUCUUCCGAGCGGCGGAUCUCGUGGGACGAGAAAAGCCGUGAUCACCUUACUUUUGUCAAGGAGGUAGCCGUCCUCCGUGGUCGUGCUGACGCCGCUCGGACUAGGGAGGAAGCCUUUGACAACCACAUGGUCCUCGGCCGGGGUCUCUACGAGCACCAGCUUUUCCGUGAGUCCCUCAUUAGCUUUCGCCGCCUCUGCGAACUCAAGCCCACUGAUGCUCGCGCUCACUUCCGUGCUGGCAAUGCCCUCUAUGCCAUUGGCCGCCACACUGAUGCCAAAGAAGAAUUUUUACUGGCCUUGGAGGCCGCCGAGGCUGGGGGGACCCAAUCCACUGAAAUCCUCCCUCAGAUCAAUGUCAACCUUGGCAUUGCCCUGGAAGCUGAAGGCAUGAUUCUUGGUGCCUGCGAGCACUAUCGGGAAGCUGCUAUACUUUGUCCUACCCAUUUCAGAGCCCUGAAGCUUCUCGGAAGUGCACUGUUUGGUGUUGGAGAGUACCGUGCUGCUGAGAAGGCUCUGGAGGAGGCAAUUUUCCUGCGGCAGGACUACGCAGAUGCGCACUGUGAUCUAGGGUCUGCCCUUCAUGCCAUUGGGGAGGAUGAGAGAGCGACUCAAGAGUUCCAGAAGGCCAUUGAUUUGAAGCCUGGACAUGUAGACGCGCUGUAUAACCUUGGCGGCCUGUUCAUGGAUGCAGGUCGAUUUCCAAGGGCGUCUGAGAUGUUCACCAGAGUUUUGAGCGUGCGGCCAAACCACUGGCGGGCACAGUUGAACAAGGCAGUAGCAUUAUUGGGGGCUGGGGAAUCAGAUGAAGCAAAGCGGGCGCUUAAGGAAGCAUUUAAAAUGACACAAAGGAUUGAGGUGUAUGAUGCGAUUGCACAUCUCAAGGUUCUUCAGAAGAAGAAGAAGCCCAAGGGGAGUGGCACAGAAAGUGAAAGGGCAUACCUUGUCAUUGAGCCAUCAAAGUUCAAGAGGGCUGGGAGAAAGACUACUCUAAGGCAAGAUUUGGCUGUUGCGUUGGAUAUCAGGGCUUUCCAGAGGGUUGCAAGGCUUAAUCGCUGUGAUGUGGAUCUCUUGAAGAAAGAAAUUAAUGAGACUGAUGUUCCUAUAUCCUAUUCUGGUAGUGGCGAACCUGAAAAAUCAAUCAGGAAGGCUGCCUUGGAAGUGAUUCUUCGAAGGCUACUUCAGUUCCUCAAACCUGAAACAUUCCAAGGAGCUAUAAAAGCAAUCAACGAGAAGGUUCUCUCUGUACUUGAUGCCACUGGUUCAGGAAGGGUGGAUUUGGGGAUGUUUCUUGCUAUCCUUGCUCCUCUGUGCACUGGUCCUACCGAAAAGCGAAAGAGGGGUGUAUUUGAUUCACUUCUUUGGCGACCUAGUAAUGAAGGCGGGGUGAACAUCAGGAGGAGUGAUGCAAUUACAUAUAUAAAGCUCCUGCGGGCUGUUUACAUUCCCUCUUAUGGUGUCAGUGACAUGUUGGAGGUUCAUGGAGAAUCAGAUCCUUCAAUGGUGUCAUACUCUGAGUUUCUUGAGAUGUUCAAUGAUCCGGAUUGGGGUUUUGGGAUCCUAGACACAUUGAUUAAGCUUGAAACUGGUGAUCGAAUACGCCAUGGUCGACGCAGCUGCUCUGUUUGCCAGUAUCCGAUAAUUGGAUCAAGAUUCACAGAGAUAAAGCUUCAGUUCAGCUUGUGUAACCGUUGCUACAGUGAAGGGAAGGUGCCAUCAAAUUUCAAGCAAGAAGAAUUUUUGUUUAAAGAGUAUGGAAAUGAAUCUGAAGCUAUGAAAGAUAUGUGUAGGUGUUUUAAUAUGUAUUCCACGAGCUUGCAAGUUGAUGCGUAACUAGGUAAAAUCUCUGUACAAUCUGUAAUUCAAGUUGACCUCAUGUUCCUACAUAUUUUCUACUAAGUUGUGAGCAUCUACAUCCGCCAACUAUGGCCUUUUGUAAAUUAAGUGUAUUUUAGGGUAGGUAUAUUUUUCUUAUUAGUUCACGGAGACUAGUAAUUCUUUGGUUAUAAAUGUUUGACAGUUCACUAAUGCAAUUGUUGUUUGUCAUUAGUCUUC